AUGGCGUCCGGUUUCGGUCUUAACGGCGGACCUUCCCGCUGCUACACCUUCUGGCAAGAGCUCCUAGGCUGCUAUGUUGUGAACUCUGGAGAUGGUCAGGAGGGCAAGAGAAAGUGCGCUCCCGCGCUUGAAGAUUACUAUGAGUGCCUGCACCACAGGAAAGAGGCACUGCGAACGAUGAAGAUGCAGGCUGCCUACCGCAAGGCAGAAGCCGCACACCCCCGCGAAGUUGCGGCACAACCAGAACAACUCCGGAGCCUGGGUUUAUUGAGAUCAUAG